AUGCAUAAGAGCAGCGCCGCCGCCGCCGCCACCUGUGCCUCCCCCCGCAGGCGCUGCCCCGGAGUCGGGGCCGUCUCUCUGGGUUCUUGGCUUCUAGUGAGUGUCCUUUGUCUAAGUCUACCCAGCUCAUUGUUGGCUUAUCAUACUCACACCAGUGAACCAGCCACCAAAGGACUAUCAGCCAAUUUAAGUGACUGCCUGAUAAUUUCCACACAUCUCAUGGAUGCAGCUGAUGUGGCACUACAUCAGCUCCAGAAUCACUUUAAUUGUACUGUGGAAUAUAAUGUCCCUGCAAAUCCUAUGAAUGAAAAGAAGAUAAUGAAGGCCUGCAUGGGAGGAUAUUCACUGAAGUUUGAACUCUGUCCCUCAGGAGAAAAUGGUUCUGUUGAUCAGACUUUGUGCAUGGACACCAUCUAUACAAUUCUGAAGCACUAUAUGGUGGAAAUCAAGAAUUUCAGUUCUCCAGAUCUUUUUGGUGCUGUCAGCCAUAUGAUGCAGGCUUUGAAAGCCAACCAGAAGAUCACAGAGCAACCACCAUCCUCACCAGAGCAUCCUUUGAGUAAGACAUUUGAAAUGGAGAUGAAGCAAUGCAAGAUUCUUCUAACUUUGCAGCAGCUUGCUCAGACUAUCAACAGAAUUUUGUACUACCAGAAGUCACUAGAAAUAUAA